AUGGAAUAUAGAUUUUUGGGAAACACUGGUCUUAAAGUCUCUGCUAUCGGUUUCGGAAACUGGUUGAAUAGUAAUACUACUGAUAGAUAACAAAAAAUGAUUGAACUCGUUAAGAGAGCCUACAGUCUUGGAAUCAAUUUCUUUGAUACAGCUGAAGUUUAUGGCUUUGGAGAAGGUGAAAUCUAAUUUGGAGAAGCCUUCAAAGCUCUUGGAGCUCCUAGACAAGAAUUAGUCAUCUCUUCUAAGAUCUUCUGGGCAGUUCCACCUACAUCAUCCGAUAUUUAAAAAGUUAACUAAAUGGGUUUAUCUCGUAAACAUAUUUUCGAAGGAGUGAAAGCUGGCUUAAAGAGACUUCAAUUAGACUACUUAGAUAUUGUCUUUUGCCAUAGAUUUGAUGAAGAUACUCCCUUAGAAGAAACUGCUAAAGCCUUUAACGACUUAAUCGAAUAAGGACUUAUACAUUACUGGGGAACCUCAGAAUGGACAGCUAGUGAGAUCUUUGAAGUCAGAGAAGUUUGUGCUAGAUUAAAUCUCACUCCUCCUAUUUCUGAACAACCUUAAUAUAGUAUGAUGGUUCGAGAUAAAUUUGAAGUUGAAUAUGGAAGACUCUUUGAUAAUUAUAGAUUAGGAGCUACAGUUUGGAGUCCUCUCUGCAGUGGUAUCUUGACUGGAAAGUAUAACGAUGGAACCCUUCCUGCUGGAUCAAGAUUAUAAGAAUUCAAAGAUGAUGUCUUUUUGAAGAGAAUUUAUGAUUAGUUCUUUGCUGAAGAUAAGAGAGAAAAGUUAUUAAAGCUCCUUAAUGGCCUUGCAAAUGUAGCAAAGAAGUUGGGAUGCACUUAAUCAUAAUUAGCUAUGGCUUGGGUUCUUGCAAAUCAUGAUGUUUCUUCUGCAAUCACAAGUGCUACUAGACCUGAAUAGCUUGAUGAUAUAGUUAAAUCAUUGGAAGUUAUCAAAAAAAUAACACCUGAAGUGAACAAAGAAAUAGACCAAAUAUUAGGAAACAAGCCUAUGCCUGGAUUGGAUGUUAAAGCAUUUGGACUUAAAAAGAACACAAGAAGAGAAUUAAUGAUUAUUAAAAAUUAAUAUUGA